GAUCCAAACAUUUCGAAACCUCGCGCCCGGAAACCGGAAAUUCCUUGUCAGUUCUCUCGUAACUGUUAAAUUACUCGUCUUCAUAGUCGCCGCCGGUCGAACAACAAAAUGCUUCGAACGGAAUAUAUCACUCCUUGGGUUCGAAUGAGCGCGCACAUGGAGCACACUCGGAAGGCUGCUAAGCGAUAUCCCGUGCUGGAACCGUUCGCCCCGCGGCAUUCGAUCACGUACUUUAACAAUAAUAAAGAAGAUAGCAGGGAAUCGGCGUACAAACGUCUGCACAGUAUGGAGGAUUUCGACCCCAGCAAGCCACGAUGCGAUCGCACGAAAGCAAGCCUUUAUUGGUUAGAGAUCUCGAAGGAGAACGAAGGUCACAAGGUCCCAAUGACUUCUAAUCACUGGUACGGUCGACCGAACAGGAUCCAAGUCGACGUUCCUGAGAAGAAAUUCAAUCGGUCGAGCAGGAUGCAGGAGUUCUACAGCCGGUGCGGUAUCGCCCAAGUCCUAAUCAGCGACAGCGACGAACGACGGGCCGAAGUCUGUUAGUGACAAACGAUGGGGCGCCAUUUGUUUGUUCAACCGACGAAUGAGCCAAAUGAAAGAUUAUAAUGCACCGAAUGUCACUGCGUAAUCCGCCAUAAAUGGGUCAACAUAAUCUGUCCGAAUGACUUGGCGAAACAAUGAAUCUGCAGAUCUAAUACACGAGAAUGUCCAAAAUAUUGUAAUAAUAUUGUUGCGAAAAUAAAGAAUAAGAUUGAACUCCUCUA